GAUCCGGUGGCUAGAUUUUUUCAUUGCUCGUCUUCAACGAUGUGGCUGCGUGCAACGAUACCUCUGGUCAUUGUCUCCCUGUCUAUGGUUCUGGCCCAGGGCGAUGGGCGUUACCGUCCUCCGCCCACUCGGGCCAGCGCCGGAGACGGACGCUAUCGCGGGGGCAACGAUGGAAGGUAUUCUGGCGGCAACGAUGGACGUUAUCGCGGCGGAGGCGAUGGCCGCUACUCCGGAGGCAAUGAUGGUCGCUAUGUCCAUGUGGACAACAAGUACCAGCACGACAAUCGUCCGGGUGGAGACUACACCGGGGAGAGUGGUCGGUAUGUGGGUGACAAGAAUCGUGGUUCCGGAUCCGGAGGAGGCGGCGGAGCUGGUGGAGGUGGAGCAGGUGGUGGUGCCGCAGUAGGCCCGCCAAGAACCACAGCUAGACCAGCACCGAGACCCACUACGCCUGCUCCACCGGCGGUGCCAGAUCCCACCGCCAACUUACCAAAAGGCCGCGGCACUGGGGAAGGUGGCAAUGGGUGGGCUAUCAUCCGGCAGGAGGACGACGUGGAGCAAGACGGCUACCAUUAUCUUUAUGAAACCGAGAACGGCAUCCUGGCGGAGGAAAGUGGACGCAUCGAGAAACUUGUCGAGGAGGAUGGACUCCGCUCCAAAGGAUUCUACGAGUACACGGGCGACGAUGGCAUCCUCUAUAGGGUGGAUUAUGUCGCCGAUGACAAUGGCUUUGUGCCCAGCGCCGCCCACUUGCCCACGGCACCACCCCCACCGCCCUAUGUGGCCAAAUUGUUGGCUUUCCUGGAAGCCAAUGCUAAGAAUGCAAAGAAAUAAAUGUUAAACUCUGAGAUUAAUAAAUUGUUGUGCCAUUUA